AUGCACGCACUUCUAGAAGCCGGGGGCACUCGGGCACCAGUUGACCCGCAGGAGGGACCUUCCAAAGGUCCAGUGAGCUCGGACCAACCCCACCUGAGGUACCCAGAUAUACAGAUGUUUCCUUCGGAUAUGAUGAUGUCCACGGACAUCCAGGUUGCCUUCGGAUUUUAUCAAGUUGUCUUCGGUUUAGUCAGCAUGCUUGACAACUGCCCCACGAGUUCUAUGGUACCCGGACUCGUGUGGAGCGAGGACGCGGAUCAGGUUGACCAAGGAAUUGACGGAAACAAAGAGGCUGUAGACGUGCAUCCGAGAGCCACAACCGGGCAUUUCCCGCUUCCCGCUCUUCCCCGUUUUGAUGUAGGGUUCCUUGCUUCACAAGUGAAGAAGUUUCAGAUUCCAGAUCUUCAAUUCUUGAUUCGAAGCUCCUUUCAGCUCAUUGCAUCAGAUUGCAGAAAUCUCCACACCAAUCAAUUGAAGAUGAAGACGGGUCAGUGGCGACUAGGCAUGGGUGACAUGCAGACCGUGCCCGGGGCUCGCCAUCGCCCACCUCUGAAGAGGCCAUUGUGGAUUAUUGUCUUGGUUUCUUUGGUCAGCAUCUUUGUGAUUUGUGCUUUUCUCUACCCUCCUCAAAGCAGCGCCGCUUGUUACAUAUUUUCUUCGAGAGGUUGCAAGGCUAUUACCGAUUGGCUUCCACCUGCUCCUGCAAGGGAAUAUACUGAUGCUGAGAUUGCAUCCCGUGUUGUGAUUAGAGAGAUUUUGAGCGCACCUCCUAUUCAAUCCAAGAAUCCGAAAAUUGCUUUCAUGUUCCUUACACCCAGUGCAUUGCCUUUUGAGAAGCUGUGGGAUAAGUUUUUCCAUGGUCAUGAAGGAAGGUUCUCUGUUUAUGUCCAUGCUUCUAAAGAAAAGGCAAUUCAUUUGAGCCGUUACUUUUUUAAUCGCGAGAUACGCAGUGACCCGGUGAUUUGGGGGAAAAUUUCCAUGGUAGAUGCAGAGAGAAGAUUAUUGGUAAAUGCUCUUGAAGAUCCUGAUAACCAGCAUUUUGUCUUACUUUCUGAAAGUUGUGUGCCACUGUAUACAUUUGACCAUAUCUAUGACUAUCUGAUGAAUACAAAUAUAAGCUAUGUUGACUGCUUUGAGGAUCCUGGUCCACAUGGAAAUGGGAGGUAUUCUGAGCACAUGUUACCUGAAAUUGAAAAGAAAGACUUCAGAAAGGGUGCACAGUGGUUCACUAUGAAGCGUCAGCAUGCUGUGAUAGUAAUGGCUGACGGUCUUUACUACUCGAAAUUCCGGGACUACUGCAGGCCGGGUUUGGACGGGCGCAAUUGCAUUGCUGAUGAACAUUACUUGCCUACCUUUUUCAAUAUAAUUGAUCCUGGUGGAAUUGCAAACUGGUCUGUAACACAUGUUGAUUGGUCUGAAAGAAAGUGGCAUCCAAAGUUAUACAAGGGUCAGGAUAUUACUUCUGACCUUCUGAAGAAUAUUACGUCAGUUGAUGUGAGCGUGCAUGUAACCAGUGAUGAGAAGAGGGUAGUACAGAAAUGGCCUUGCUUAUGGAAUGGUAUACAACGGCCGUGUUACUUGUUUGCAAGGAAGUUCCAUCCUGAGACUCUCAAUAACUUGUUGCACCUUUUUGCCAAUUAUACAACAAUUUGA